UACCUCCGCGCGCACAGAUUGGCUGAGCGGAGUCUGCGCUCGGUCAGGACGCAAACUUUUCACUGACACUCCGAGGAGCAGUCUCUUUGUCCGGCGGCCACCUUGCACACAACAACAACAACAACAACAACAACAACGGAGGAGUGGACGAGCGUCUUCGGGUUUCUCCAAAUGGGACGCGUAAAACUUUGACUCGCUUCCUCUCCCCAGUCACUUCGCGGACCCGUACUUCGCUCCAAACAUGCCGGAGCGAAUAAGCAUUUCCGACUUUGUGGUCCUGACAAACGAGGACCUGUCUUCGCCGGGGACUUCGAGUUUCCAGUCCAAGAUGAGCGACUGUCGGAACACAGUUUCCACCGUGGAGGAGUCUCUGGAGAUGGACCACACAACUCUGCAGAAGAUGAAGAAGAUGAUCAAAGCUAUACACACAUCUGGCCUCUCCCACGUGGAAAGCAAAGAGCAGUAUAUCGAGGUGCUGGAGAACCUGGGGAACAGUCACCUGACCCAGGACAACAUCGAAGUCUCCACGGGUUUCCUCAACCUGGCUGUGUUCACCAGAGAGGUCACAGCCCUCUUCAAGAAUCUGGUACAAAACCUCAACAACAUCAUGGCUUUUCCUUUGGAAAAUGUGCUGAAGUCAGAGGUCCGUGACAGCAGACUGGAGCUCAAGAAACAGAUGGAAAAGAGCUGGAAGGAUUACGACAUAAAAAUAGGGAAGUUGGAGAAGGAGAGGAAGGAGAAGACCAGGCAGCUGGGGCUGAUCAGGGCAGAGGGAUCAGACGGCGGCGAGGACAUGGAGCGAGAGAGGAGGUCAUUUCAGCUGCAAAUGUGUGAGUAUCUUCUGAAGAUCCAGGAGCUGAAGGUGCGUCAGGGCCCCGAUCUCCUCCAGAGCCUGGUCAAAUAUUUCCAGGCCCAGCUCAGUUUUUUUCAGGAUGGGCUGAAAGCUGCCGAGAAUCUCGUUCCCUUUAUCGAGAAGCUCGCUGCCUCUGUGCACACGGUGCGUUUGGACCAGGACGAGGAAGUAAAGCAACUCACGCAGUUGAGGGAUUCUCUCAGGUUACUUCUCCAAGUGGAGGGGAAAGAGGAGUACAUGAACAGGAAGAACUCCGGCAAUGGGUACAGCAUCCACCAACCACAGGGCAACAAAAAGUAUGGGACCGAGAAAUCCGGCUUUCUGCUCAAGAAGAGUGACGGCAUCAGGAAGGUGUGGCAGAAGAGAAAGUGCGGAGUCAAGUUUGGCUGCCUGACGAUUUCCCACAGCACGAUCAACCGACCGCCCGCCAAGUUGAACCUACUGACCUGUCAGGUGCGGCCGAACCCAGAGGACAGGAGGACCUUUGACCUGGUCACUCAUAAUCGGACGUACCAUUUCCAGGCAGAGGACGAGCAGGAAUGUUUAAUUUGGGUGUCAGUGCUGCAGAACAGCAAGGAGGAGGCCCUGAACACAGCGCUCGGAGGAGACCAGCUCCACCUCCAGGACAGCGGGCUGCAGGAGCUCUCCCGAGCCAUCAUCGCUGAGCUGCGACACAUGCCGGGCAACGAGGCCUGUGCUGACUGCGGGGCUCCAGAUCCAACAUGGCUGUCGACGAAUCUGGGCAUCCUGACCUGUAUCGAGUGCUCUGGGAUCCACAGAGAGCUGGGUGUCCACUACUCCAGGAUCCAGUCUCUCACUCUGGACCUGCUGAGCACCUCUGAGCUCCUGUUGGCCGUCAGCAUUGGCAACACCAGAUUCAAUGACAUCAUGGAGGCGGGCCUUCCGAAUGACUCCGUUAAACCGCUGCCACAAAGUGACAUGAACGCCAGAAAGGAGUACAUUGUGUCCAAAUACGCUGAGCGUCGGUUCGUCCUGGGUCGAGAAGAAGCGGAUCCCGCGCGACCGUUCGACGCCGUGAAGAGUCGCGACCUCACCUCUCUUCUUCAGCUCUACGCUGAGGGAGCAGACCUGGCCAAACCGCUGGCACUGCCGGAGGGACAGGGGAUCAAAGAGACGGCCCUUCAUCUCGCUGUGCGUCUGGAGGAACGAAGCUCUCUGUCGCUGGUGGACUUCCUUUGCCAGAACAGCAACUGUCUGGAGAAGAGAACAGCGGAAGGAAACACGGCUCUUCACUACAGCGUCCUGCAUCACAAGCCAGAGUCUCUCAAGUUACUGCUAAAAGCAAAGGCAGCCCUACACACAGUGAAUUUGGCAGGAGAGACGGCCCUCGAUGUUGCCCGGAAGCUGCAGCACACACAAUGCAUCGACCUGUUGGAGCUGGCCCAGAGUGGGAAGUUCAACUCUCAGAUCCAUGUGGAGUUCAUGUGGGAGACUCAGUCUCAGGAGCUCUACGACAGUGAGGAUGAGCUGGAUGAGAGGGUGAGCCCACUGCCCAAAAACCGCUCUCCACUGGCUUCCAACGGAGGCGGUGGGACUUCCUUUUCCCGCUGGAGUUUGGCUACUGCUAGUGCAGGCAGCAGGCCUUGUCAGACCUACGAGAAUCUCGACUUCUUGUACAGAAAUCCACCUGCCAACAGCGCCCCCUCUGGAGCAUCAGGGCCACCACCGCUGCCGGCUAAAUCCAUCCAGAGAGGUCGCUCAGACCCCCAGAUUUCGGUCACAACUCAGGAAGGAAGCUCCAUCCUGAGACGUUGCUCUAACCCAGCCCGCUCCUCCAGUCCCCAGACGCAGGCGCGACACAGCCCCCCUUCACCCAACACAGAGAACCAAGGCCAAGCUGGGCGGCCCCCUCGGUCUCCCCAAGCGCACGGAGGUCUGCCCAGGGGCCAUAGGCAGACGUGGGACGGCCAACCGGGUUCUAGUUCUGGGUCCCAAAGCAGUGUCACACCGACAUCCUCUCCGAAUCACAUAGGACCUGUCAGCUCGGAGAAGACCACGUCGUAUCGACGGACCAGCAGCGGAGGAGGCAACCAGGGGAAAUGUGGUGUGUUGUCUCCGAGCUGUGUGGGCAGCCAGGAGGAGCUGUACUGCAGUUUAUUAGGGAACGGUUCGGGCCUCACCCCAGCUCCUGCUCCAGCCCAAUCAUCGUCAUCAUCUUCAUCAUCAUCAUCAUCAUCAUCGCCUGCUGUGACCUGCGCCCCUCGACCCCGCAGGAACGCUAUGGUCUCGGGCAGCCGGCCACAUCACAAGCGUGUCAAGGCUUUGGUGGACUGCCGAGCAGUCAGUUCUGAGCAGCUCGCCUUUUUCAAAGAUGAGAUCAUCGUGGUCACGGCCACUAAUGACCCCCACUGGUGGAUUGGUCAUAUAGAAGGGGAACCAUCCAGGUCUGGGACUUUUCCCGUCAACUAUGUGCACAAACUGACAGACUGAAGGACAUGGAAAUGUGAAAGCGUUGUAUAGUGACAUACAAGAGGAACUGAACAAGAACGGGAUGCUCACCAGAACCUCAUCGCCACACAGUGGAUUUUAUCUACAAGAGAGGACAGUGUUAUUCACCUGGAUCAUACUCCUACUAAGGGACGACUGAGGUUAUGAAUGACUCUUUGAGGGAUUAUACCUUUUAACAUUUACUCAUCGUGGAAACUAAAAGGGGAACAUGAGGGCUUUAAUGUCCCACUAAGCCUUUUACUCCAAAGACCACGUUUUCUCCCGUUGAUCUGUUUCUACAAAACCACGAACCACUAUCAUUUGGUACAAAUUAAUUGUGGUUUGGGAAACAUGCUUCAGUGUAAAUCUAAACAUUAAGCAACACAAUAUAUUGCAAAUAUUUAAGUUGUCUAUAGGAUCGGUACCUAGAGGCAAAACAUACCUACAAGGGGGAAAACCCUUUAAGGCACCUUAAACUUACUGAGAAUGAGAGUUUUGCAGAACAUCAAGUGUGUACCUUGUCCGCUGCAGAAUAUACAGUAGAUAUGGCUGCUUUUUUGUUUUGAACGGAAAGUGUCUAAUCUUUUAGAUCACAGGAUACUGAGAACUUGGAUGUGAGGUUCAGACCUGCCCCGUGUCUGUAGCAGCCUGCCCUGGGACUCUAAAAGCGGCCUCGUGCCUGCCAGUCUGUCUCCAACAAAAACGCCAGCCGUCUGGGGGCAGCCGGGGGAGAGAUCUGAAACUCUAGCUCAGCCACCUUGACUCCGGGCACGGCUCACGGCCUGCGCAAGGAGGAGGCGGAUACAGUUUCCCCCUGGCUCCGGCCAUCUGUCUACGAAGAACCCGGAAUUACGUCGGUGUGUUAGGGGGCAAAGGGAGAAAAGAAAAAGACUCUCUUCUCUACCAGGAAAUGGCACUUAAAGAGAGCUUGUUAGUUACAGCACCCCGGUGCAGUCAUUUGUUCACUGAGCACACAGUCACUCACUGUGGGCAUGUGGGUGUCACACCAGCUAUCCGCGAGCUCACUUGCACUUACUGUACACACACACAUCUGCCGCCAGGAGUUGGGAACCUGUCGGGAAGAAGGGCGAGGUGGAACUGCUCCACUUAUCUAAACCGGCAGCAACGAAUAACCCACGUGUAACACAUUUCACAGCAAUUCUACACUAUUUGUUGUACAUAUGUCUAAAAUGUCCACCAACGUGUACAUUGUUUAGCACAUGCAUUCUAAACAGUUGUAUCAUUACAGACAGUGUUACUUCAUGUUUGCUGAAUCGAUGACGUCCGAUUUGUCUUCUGUUUUGAUGUCAGAGGAAGAAGGGGAACACGCACAGUUGCGUACUCAGUGUUCGGAAAUGAUCCCGUCUCGCUUAGCUGCAGACGAGCAGUGACGUUGGUAGGUAAAGGUGGGAAAGCUGCAGGCGUUCACUUCCUUUUAAUCAUUCCCGAGUCUGAACAAACUGGCGAGGAGGCUCAUUGCUCGUCACCGUUUCUGCUGAUGUCGUCUCGCAUCAGAAUUGACGACCUAGGCAGACGAAUAACGAGCCCGGCGCGUUGUCAACUGUGAGGCAGCCGGUGGCCGCAUUAGAUCACUACUGUAGGAACCUCUGUCAAAUGUAAAGAAUAGAAAAUUAACCAAUUUUAGUGAGUAUAUUUGUAACAUAUACAUUAAACAUGUCUGAUAAAGUGC